AUGGAAAGGAGCAAUAUCUAUGCACGCAGAAUUUCCUUGGUUUUCUUUCUAUGCCAAAUAAUUAUAGCAUUGGAAGUACCUCCUGAUCCAAAACUUCUUGAAGAAUUGCCACAGCCUCCAACAAUAACACAACAGUCUCCAAAAAACUAUAUUAUUGACCCAAGGGAGAACAUUGUAAUACAGUGUGAAGCAAAAGGAAAGCCACCUCCUAGCUUCUCAUGGACACGUAAUGGAACUCAUUUUGACAUAGAUAAAGACGCAUGGGUAAGAAUGAAGCCACAGUCAGGAACUCUUAUAAUAAAUAUUAUAAAUGAAGAAAAUGGAGGAAAGGCAGAAGCAUAUGAAGGAGUUUAUCAGUGCACAGCAAGAAAUGAACGUGGAGCGGCAAUUUCGAAUAAUAUCGUAGUACGGUCAUCCAGGUCCCCCUUGUGGACUAAGGAAACCUUAGUUCCAAUAAGAGUAAUCGAAGGUCAAUACGUAAUACUCCCCUGUAGGGCUCCAAUGGGAUUACCUCCACCUAUAAUAUUUUGGAUGGAUAACUCUUUUCAAAAGCUGCCUCAAAAUGAUAGAGUUUCCCAAAGUCUAAAUGGAGACCUUUAUUUUUCAAAUGUAAAACCAGAGGACACACGUGAAGAUUAUAUAUGUUAUGCAAGAUUUAAUCACACACAGACUAUUCAACAGAAGCAACCCAUUUCUUUAAAGGUUGAACCAGUGGAUUCAUUGAAUGAAACUAUAGCUGCUAAUAUGAGUGACUCUGAUUUUUAUGGUGCCACGGAAUACAUAGAGAGACGACCAACUCUUCUGACUCCUACUGGAAUCACAAGUAGCAAAAUAGAGCUAAGAGGAAACACCCUUAUGUUGGAGUGUAUUGCAGAAGGAUUACCUACACCAGUUAUCCACUGGAUUAAAGAAGGUGGUGAGCUUCCUGCCAAUAGAACUUUAUAUGAAAAUUUUAAAAAAACCCUCAAAAUCAUACAUAUUACAGAAGCUGAUUCUGGAAAAUAUAAAUGCUCAGCAAGAAAUCGAUUCGGUUCUGCUCAUCAUGUUAUUACAGUCACUGUCAAAGCUGCACCUUACUGGAUAAGAGAACCUACAAACCUUGUGUUAUCCCCAGGAGAACAUGGUAACUUGAUCUGCAGAGCUAAUGGCAAUCCCAAACCCAGCAUAAACUGGUUAGCAAAUGGAGUUUCCAUUGCAAUUGCACCUGAAGAUCCUAGCAGAAGAGUAGAUGGUGAUACAAUUAUAUUCACUGAUGUACAAGAACGUUCAAGUGCUGUUUAUCAGUGUAAUGCCUCUAAUGAAUAUGGAUAUCUACUGGCAAAUGCAUUUGUGAAUGUUUUGGCUGUGGCACCAAGAAUUCUUACUCCUCGAAAUCAGCUGUACCAAGUCAUUGCAAACAAACCUGCAUUGCUACAUUGUGCUUUUUUUGGUUCACCUGUGCCUUCAAUCGAAUGGUUUAAAGGAGCAAAAGGUAGUAUUCUCCAGGGAGAACACUAUGUUUUCCAUAACAAUGGCACCUUGGAAAUUCCUGUGGCCCAGAAGGAUAGCAGUGGCACAUAUACCUGUGUAGCAGGAAAUAAAUUAGGAAAGGUACAAAAUGAAGUUCAAUUGGAAAUUAAAGAACCAACAAUGAUUAUUAAGCAGCCUGAAUACAAAAUGGUACAAAGGAAUGGACAGGUUUCCUUUGAAUGUACAAUUAAAUAUGACCCUACCUUAAUACCUACAGUUACAUGGUUGAAAGACAGUGGUGAAUUAUCAAAUGAUGAAAGGUUUAUUGUUGGUAAAUACAACUUAACCAUUGUGAAUGUAACUGAUAAGGAUGGUGGAACGUAUACUUGCCUAGCUAAUACUACUCUGGACAGUGUUUCUGCGAGUGCUGUGCUUACUGUUGUUGCUCCUCCAACAACUCCACCUGUUGUUUACGAUCGUCCUGAUCCUCCAUUUGAUUUGGAAUUGACUGACAAACUAGAGAGAAGUGUUCAGCUCACAUGGGUGCCAGGAGAUGACAAUAACAGCCCUAUCACAAAAUAUAUCAUUGAGUAUGAAGAUGCCAUGCAUGAACCAGGGAUAUGGCAUUACCAUAUGGAUGUCCUUGGGAUCCAGACAACUGUACAACUGAAGCUGUCACCAUAUGUUAACUAUUCAUUUCGUGUAAUAGCUGUCAAUGAGAUUGGAAAGAGUCAGCCGAGUGAUCCCUCUGAAAGAUACUUGACAGAAUCUGCAAAGCCAGAUGAAAAUCCAACUGUUAUUCAGGGGAAUGGAUCAGAACCUGAUAAGUUGGUGAUUAUGUGGGAGCCAUUAAAGCGUAUUCAGUCUAAUGGUCCAGGGCUUCAGUAUCAAGUCAGUUGGCGGCAAAAGGAUGUUGAUGAUGAGUGGACAUCUGUUACCGUUGCUAAUGUAUCUAAGUAUAUUGUGUCUGGUACACCAACUUUUGUUCCAUAUGAAAUAAAAGUACAGGCAUUAAAUGAUUUGGGAUUUGCACCAGAACCUUCAACAGCAAUUGGAUAUUCUGGGGAAGACUUACCAAUGGUUGCACCAGAAAAUUUGGAGGUACAUGUUGUAAACAGCACCUUAGCAAAAGUGCGAUGGGAUCCAGUUCCACUAAACCUUGUCCGAGGCCAUCUUCGGGGGUACAAUAUUUACUACUGGAAAGUGCAAACCUUAUCUGGAAAAAGUAAGCGGCAUGCAGACAAAAAGGUAUUGACUUUCAGUGGAAAUAAGACGCAUGGGAUGUUACCAGGACUGGAGCCAUAUAGUUCUUACAAGCUGAAUGUUAAAGUGUUUAAUGGGAAAGGAGAAGGACCAGCAACCCCUGAAAAGAAAUUUACAACUCCUGAAGGAGUUCCCAGUGCGCCGUCCUUUUUGAAGAUUUCUAAUCCAAGUUUGGACUCCCUCACUUUGGAAUGGGGACCACCUACUCAUCCAAAUGGUAUUUUGAUAGGAUAUACACUGAAAUUUCAGCCAAUUAAUAGCACACAUGAAUUAGGUCGCUUGGAGGAGAUCAGUAUUCCAGCCAAUGAGACUACCGUGAUAAUAAGCAACUUAAAUUACAGCACUCGAUACAAGUUUUACUUCUAUGCAAAAACAUCCAUUGGCUCUGGAAGUCAAAUAACAGAGGAGGCAGUAACAAUUAUGGAUGAAGGAUAUUCAGAGAACCAGUUUGAAACCUCCCGUAUAAUGCAUCCCGUCCAUCCAACAUUUUAUAAGGUGCAACCAGUUAAUCCAAGGAUCAGAAAUGUUACUGCAGCAGCUGCUGAGACCUAUGCCAAUAUCAGUUGGGAGUAUGAGGGUCCAGAUCAUGAGAACAUUUAUGUUGAAUAUGGUGUGGCAGGCAGCAAAGAAGAAUUGAAAAAAGAAAAUGUAAAUGGUUCCCGGAGCUUCUUUGUAUUAAAGGGAUUAACACCAGGAACAUCAUAUAAAGUUCGGGUUGGUGCUCUUUCUGGUGUUAGCAGUUCAGAGGCUGUGUUUGAGACAGGUCCAGCAAAGGCAAGUCGACAGGUUGACAUUGCAACUCAAGGAUGGUUCAUUGGUCUUAUGUGUGCAGUUGCCCUUCUCAUCUUGAUUUUGCUGAUUGUUUGUUUCAUAAGAAGAAAUAAAGGUGGAAAAUAUCCAGUGAAAGAAAAGGAAGAUGCUCAUGGUGAUCCAGAAAUUCAGCCUAUGAAAGAAGAUGAUGGAACUCUUGGGGAAUACAGGUCUCUUGAAAGUGAUGCAGAUGACCACAAACCUCUAAAAAAAGGAAGCAGGACACCUUCAGACAGGACUGUGAAAAAAGAGGACAGCGAUGAUAGUUUAGUUGACUAUGGAGAAGGUGUCAAUGGACAGUUCAAUGAGGAUGGCUCCUUUAUUGGACAAUACAGUGGUAAAAAAGAGAAAGAACCUGCAGAAGGAAAUGAAAGUUCUGAGGCUCCUUCCCCAGUCAACGCAAUGAAUUCAUUUGUCUAAAUAAAGAGAAAGCCAACAAUUCUGCCCCAUUCCAACAUUUUCAUUAUUAUUUUUUCAAGCACGUAUUAUUGGACAUGAAAGAAACCAAUGUUCUACACAACAGAAGUGCUCUAAGUACA